AUGCCCCCUCCAUUUCCUCCAGCUGGGUAUUCCGAAGACAUCGUCCGACGAGUCCGGAUAGUCUUUAAUGGACAGUAUGUUGUCGACGCAAAGAAGCCAAAGCUUGUAUGGGAACGACCGUAUUAUCCUAUUUACUACUUCCCCCAAACUGCCAUCACGGACGAGAAAUAUCUCGCGAACAAGACAACACCAAGCGACAAUACAGACAGCGUAGUCUACGACCUCGUUGUCGGCGGCCGAACCUCUCCUGCUGCCGUGACCUUUUUCACGUCUGGCAGUUUCGCGGGGUACGCGAAAGUUGCCAUUGACAAGGCGGACGCAUGGUUCGAGGAAGAUGAGCGCAUAUACUCUCACCCCAAGGAUCCGUAUAAACGUAUCCAGAUCCUACAGUCUUCCAAGAAUGUGCGUGUGGAGAUUGAUGGUGUCGAGGUAGCAAAUACGGCCCAUCCAAAGUUGCUGUAUGAGACUGGGCUGCCGGUGAGAGCGUAUAUUCCACACACGGAUGUUCGUUUGGAUUUGUUGAAGGCGGAUGACAAGUUGCAGACUAGUUGCCCUUAUAAGGGAGAUGCGAAUUACUAUAUUAUCAAACUGCCUACUGGGCAGGAGAAAACCGGGCUUGCGUGGUGGUACAAGAACCCGACUGCCGAGAGCGCUGAUAUCAAAGGGCACAUUGCAUUUUAUGACGAGAAGGUAGACGUUUGGGUUGAUGGGGCCAAGCAGGAGAAGCCGGUGUCUCCUUUUGCUUGA